AUGCACGUGACACGGCCUCUGUCUGUCUACUGGAAGCACCCUGAGGCCCUCUCGGAGGAUACACCAGCAGGGCCGGGCUCUGGAUACCUGGAGAUUCAGGAUGAGGAAGCCCAGAACUUCUGCUGCUUCGGGCUUUGUAAGGACAGCCAGCUCUACGACUUCCCUCAGAACAAGGACCUCACAGUCCGGUACAGUGACGGUGAAGACACAUACAGUGAUGAGGUGUUCACGAUCCCGGUCGUCGGCCAGCCCUUGUCCUCGAAGCAGUACUAUGUGAUUCAGCGUCAUGCGAAGCAUAAAGGGUUCAGCGGCUUCCAUGCAAAGUCUGUUGCCCCAGAUGGGUACCCUCCAAGAUUCCUGAAGAGGAGGUGGACCCUCAAUGGCAAAACGCCCAAAAACAUUUUCUUGGAUGAUGACGCACCAGGAGUCAACGACUCUCAGAGGUCAAAGCUCCCGAGCCUUGAAUUCUUGAUCGAUAGGAAGAGCUCGAACCCGGUUGUGGUGCGGAAGUGGUACUGCCCGGUCAUGUUCAUCAAGGAUGGGGAGGUCGGCGAUCAAAUCACGACGUUUGCGUUUUAUGAGACGACGUUGCAACAAAGGUGGGAACAGGUCCAUACCUGUGACAGUUAUGCCAGUGAAUGCAAUGCUGUCGAAGUGGAUAUGGUUGUUCAGAAGAAGGCCAUCACAGUGUUUGGUGAGGAAGCGGGGGAAGGCGAUGCGAGUGAUGGAAUGACGUGGCAAGUCAUUUAA